CUUGCAAAAUACUUCUUAGUUAGUAGCACAGCAAACAUGACUAGUGCAGCAACAUCUUUUCAUUCUUGUUUAUGUUUCUCUGUUCAGAAAUUACCAUCACCAUCGUCAUCAGCAUCAUGUUCAGAUCAACAAAUGAGUCUUUUAUCACCAACAAAACCAAAAUCAAUUCUUCAAAACAACCCACUUUAUCAACCAACACACAAGAACAUCUCAUUGCAAUUCAAAGAGAAAAUCUUAUGCUUAGAAAUAAUGGGUGUUGAUUCAGGGAAAGCACUAUCCCAAAACCCCUGUCUUCACACCGCGUCUUUACACGCGAUUCAUUCCAUCAUCACUUUCCUUCAAUCCAAAGGACUUUACCAGAAAGACUUUGCGAGAAUAAUCGGAAUGUGUCCAACAAUUUUAACCUCAGAUAUAAGAUCUGAACUCAACCCAGUAUUCAAUUUCCUCUCAAAAGAGUUAAGAGUCCCUGAAGACAAUUUCAGAAAGGUAAUCAACAAAUGUCCAAGAUUACUCAUUUGUAGUGUUAAAGAUCAGCUCAAACCAACUCUGUUUUAUCUUCAAAGACUUGGAUUUACAGAUGUACAUCAUUUAGCUUAUCAAGAUCCAAUAUUACUCGUUUCUAGUGUCGAAAAUACGUUGAUACCAAAGCUUCACUAUUUGGUAAGUUUAGGAUUUACAAGAAGAGAAGCUGUUGAAAUGACUUUGAGAUGUCCGGGACUAUUCACUUUCAGCAUUCAGAAUAAUUUCAAGCCAAAAUUUGAAUACUUUUCACAAGAAAUGGAAGGUGAAUUGGAUGAAUUGAAAGAUUUUCCUCAGUAUUUUGCUUUUAGUUUGGAUAAAAGAAUAAAGCCAAGGCAUAUUCAACUUGUAGAUAAUGGAGUUUCAAUUCCAUUGUCAUUAAUGCUCAAGACUACUGAUGAAGAGUUCAAUCACUUGAUAAGCCAAAAAACUAGAUAGAACUAAAUUUUUUUUCUUUUUUAUUUGUAAAUUCUUUGCUUUGUUAUUCUAAUGUAUUUUCUAACUCUUCACCUCACUAAAGCUAAUGCAUAUAUUAUUUUUUUUGGCAUAA